CGGAAGAGAAUCUAACAAGGUUUGAGGGUCUGAGUUGGAUGAAGAAGGCGGGAGUUUAGUCGGCUACAUAUUAGCUUCCCUCUCGCCCUCUGGCGGCUCCAGCAGCAGGCCAGUUUAGUGUGAUUAUUACCACCAUGGUCCCAGACCGGCAUUGACCGGCCCAGGGGGGUGAUUGCGUGCCCGCGUCCCGGAGUACUGGGGGUUCCAAAUGGGAGAGGAGGGGACAGGCGGCUCGGUGCAUCUGCUGUGCCUCGCGGCCUCUAGCGGGGUCCCCCUGUUCUGCAGGAGCAGCCGCGGCGGCGCCCACGCCCGUCAGCAGCUCCCGUUCUCUGUCAUCGGCUCUCUCAAUGGAGUCCAUAUGUUCGGGCAGAAUUUGGAGGUACAACUGAGCUCUGCGAGGACCAAGGACACAACCGUGGUGUGGAAAAGCUUCCACGACAGCAUCACCCUCAUUGUUCUGUCAUCUGAGGAGGGCACCUCCGAGCUGAGGCUGGAGAGACUACUGCAGAUGGUAUUUGGGGCCAUGGUUCUUCUUGUGGGACUUGAAGAACUGACCAACAUUCGCAACGUAGAGAGGUUGAAGAAGGAGUUGAGGGCCAGUUAUCACCUCAUUGACAGCUUCCUGGGGGACUCGGAACUCAUUGGAGACCUGACCCAAUGUGUAGACUGCGUGAUUCCUCCAGAGGGGUCUCUCCUGCAGGAAGCUCUCUCUGGGUUCGCUGAAGCCAUGGGCACAGCCUUCGUCAGUCUGGUGGUGUCAGGCCGCGUGGUAUCAGCGACAGAGGGAUGGUGGCGGCUCGGGACACCUGAGGCCGUGCUGCUUCCCUGGUUGGUGGGGUCCCUGCCGCCACAGGCCACUCGUGACUAUCCGGUGUACCUGCCCCACGGGAGUCCCACGGUCCCGCAUCGGCUCCUGACGCUGACGCUGCUACCGGGUUUGGAGCUGUGUUUGCUCUGCGGUCCUCGCCCGCCCCUCAGCCAGCUGGAUCCCCAGCUUCUGGAGCGCUGGUGGCAGCCACUGUUGGACCCGCUGCGGGCCUGCCUGCCGCUGGGCCCCCGAGGGCUGCCCGAUGGCUUCCCCCUGCACACGGACAUCCUAGGACUGCUGCUCCUCCAUCUGGAACUGAAACGUUGCCUCUUCACCGUGGAGCCUCUGGGGAAUAAAGAACCCUCCCCAGAACAGCGCAGGCGCCUCCUCCGCCAUUUCUACGCCUUGGUCACUACAGCGCACUUCCCAGCAGAGCCAGGACCACUGGAAAAGGUGGAGGAUGAUGUCAGCCGGGCCCAGCUGCCACGCGCCUGCUAUCUGGUGUUAGGGCCUGAGGAGCCAGGCACAGGGUUGCGACUGGUGGCUCUGCAGCUGGGGCUACGGCUGCUGCUGCUGCUGCUGGCUCCUCAGAGCCCCACCCAUGGGCUGCGAAGCCUGGCCACCCACACUCUGCAUGCCCUCAGCCCUCUCCUUUGAACCACCUAGGAUGGGCGCCAGCACAGACAUGGGGCUGUUAGCGUCUCUGUUUAUUCGCUCACAAUAAUACACAGCCCCUGGACGGGGAGGGGAGGAAGGGCGACAAUGGGGGGAGAGGAGGGGGUACCCACUUCCCUGGCCCCUCUCCCCUCUGUGCUUGGGGGGGAGGGAGGGGCUCCCCCUUGCCCCCCCAGAAUGUAAACAGCAGCAGAUGAACAAAAAUAAAAAUACAAAAGGCCAGAGGAAGGUCCCAGGCAUCCCCUACCCCUGGGGUCUUCCCUGUCACCAGUGGAGGCCCCCUUACUGCCCCACCCACCACAGCUGCCUCAGUCCUAGGGGCUGCCUGGUGAUGGCUACAUCCCCCGGGCAGGGUCCAGGGCUCAAAACUGCUGGGCCAGCAGCUCACACAGGUGGCGGGAGACAGGCUCCUUGCUCGUGCGCAGGGUCAGCCGGUACAUCUGGAUGGGGACAUUGGGGAAGGAG